AUGGAUCCAACAGCAUUCAGCACUCUUCUGCUUGACGAAAGCCAGGAUGUCGAGGCGCUUACAGCCAGGUUCUCUGCCAGGUUGAAAGACCUCGAAGCCAAGAAGGAGGAGACCGAACGAGAGCUGGACAGGCUCGAAGACGAGAUCGACAGGACGAAGCGGCGCCUUGAAGAGCUCACCUCUUUGGACGGAAGUGAUUACACCCAGACUCUUCCGGAAGAGAUAGUUCGGGAAAUAUUCUCAGUGGCAUGCGAGGGAGAGUGGAUUCUGUUUGCGGAGAACUUGGGGAGGGAUGACUCCAGCUUUCGACAAACGACAGCGGUGGCGUUGUCCCAUGUCUGCAGGCGGUGGUAUAAGAUUGCUGAUAGCUGCCCCAGGCUCUGGACGCGGCUGUCCUUGACCAACCUGGACGAGCUGCGCCCUGGGGGGUACGGAGAGGACGAACCACUGCCUUCAUUUCUCGCCUUCCUUAAAGUUGUCCUACGUCGCUCGAAAUCCCUCCCACUACAUCUCACCCUCAAUCCUCUUCCAUGCUACGAUGCUGAAGAUGGUAUCGGCUACUUCGGCUGGCCGCCAUUUUGGGGGGUUCUCCUCGAAAGUCGUCACAGGUGGUCCAGUUUCGAGGCCGUUCAGUCAGCGGACCCUUUCGGGCCAAGCACCAAUACGAACUGCAUUUCAUUCCCAGUUCUCUCCAACCUGAGGAUACAACUCUGCGAACUUGAUCAGGACCUUUCGUACCACUUCCCCAACCUCACCAACCUCUUCCUCGACAACGCGGUGAACGUCUCAGCCAAGACGUUCAUCGGCUCCUUCCCUCGUCUAGUCAAUCUCACGAUAUUCUCCCGCCUCAACCUCGGUCUUCCGAAUGUAUCCCCCGGGAUUUUGUUCGAUCUUCUGAAAGCCUCACCGUCAUUGGAGACGCUUCGCUUGAAUUUUGGCGAUACAGGCCCAGAUGUUGACCACGAUGGACGACCCUUCCGUCCCAUCACCCUCCCUUCCCUUCGAACACUCGAGCUGCAGCAUUCGUACGCCGAGUUCUAUGCAUCCACCCUCCUACCCAACCUAUCAACUCCAGUCCUGGAGAACAUUGAUCUCCUGGAGAUCGCAGUAGCAAUGGAUCCGAACGCACUCACAGAAUUCCUGUCACCCGCCAAAGUCCCUCGACUCAAGCAAUUGCGCAUCGUGAUUGGGAAUCCGUAUUUCUUUGAUGGCGACUACGGCGACCCUGAAUGGGCUGGGUACCUCCAAAGCAACUCUCGUGCGGACUGGGUUAAAUGGUCAACGGCCGUCUCUGGGGCGGGGUCGUUGGGGAAGAAGAAGAGGAUAGUGAGGAAUACCUUUACGAAGACAGAGCUCCCGCUGCUGGAACACGAAGUAUUAUACAUGGACAGGAAGGAUUAUAUGGAAGAUCACAUUGGGUGGUUACUUGCAGAAAAAGAGGACGACGAUGAACCGGCUGGACAUAGUGAUGUUUGGGACCAGGUGUAUGGAGAUGAGAUGGAAGCUCUCGAAGGAAUUUUGGAUUUAUUCAAGACUAGCUUUACUGAAGAGGUAGCUAGAACGCUUAUCUUCAUAUUAUGAUAUGUUCCUUCACAACGUAUAUAUUGAUGAUUGACUGUGG